AUGGUAUCAGAGCUUUCAUCGAUAUAUCUGGUCUUUGUGGAUGUAGAAAUUUUUUCUGAUACUGUUCAGGAGAUUACAUUGAAGUUGUUUGUUCAGGAGCAGAACAGGGACUUUAAUGUGGUUCUGAAUGAAGAAGAGAAAAUAGGUGGACUUCCUAUAGUCCCGCAAGACUAUGAGGAUUUUGCCUUUUGUAUCAAUUCAUGUGAGCUUUUUAAAACUUCAUUUAAGGCAAAUCCUUUCACUUGGUGGAAUGGAAGGGCAGGUGAUGAUUGUAUAUUUGAGAGGCUGGAUAGAAUUGUCAUCAACUUGCAGCUUCAGCAAUGGUUUGGUCAUAUUGAAGUGGAACAUCUGUCUAGCACAGGUUCAGACCAUGCUCCACUUCUUGUUUCUUUGGGGAAAGAAGCUCAGAAUUUCAUAAAACCAUUCAGGUUUUUGAAGUUUUGGACAAAACACAAAGAUUUUAUGGACACAGUAAAACUAAAUUGGCCUGAGGAAAGUGAAGGCAAUCCUUUCCUGGUUUUUAGGCAGAAGAACAAGCAGGUGAAAGGGGCAUUAUCUUCAUGGAGUAGAGAGGCUUUUGGGAAUAUACUCAAACAACUCAUUAUAAGGGAGGAUAUAGUGAGAAUCAAGGAUCAACUUUUUAAAGAAGAUCCAUCUGUUGAAAAUAGAACAGUGGUGCAACUUGCACAAGCUAAAAUGAAGAAGCAUCUUCAUUAUGAGGAAGAGUUUUGGAGGCAAAAAUCAGGCUAUACAUGGUUUGCUGAAGGAGAUAGGAGCACCGGGUUUUUUCAGAAUCUAGUAAAUGGUAGGAGGAAAAGAUUGUGA